AUGCUCAAGGCCAAUCGGACAGAAUAUCCCCAAGUGCAGCCCCAACGGUCUCAAAACUCUUUGAUGCAAGUAAAAGCCGUGGAGACAAUUGAUACUCAGUUAUACGGGCCGGUGGAGCGCCCAGCUGCACGCACAAUGGGUGGAACUGCUCGACAAAUUCCUGAAUACUUCAGCCAAAGUGGAAUCGUUGCAAAGUCACAGGAGGGUAAUGUCGCGCAGGAGAAUGGGACCUCGCAGGAUAUUAAUUCUCUUGCUCAAAAGCACAACAUCACUACUCGCGGUGACCUAUUCUUUUGUAAUGCGUGCUUUGUAUACCUCCGCUAUGAUGAGCUAACGAAGCACAUCGAUUGUGUUGAUCAUAGUCACGAAACAAAUAUGUUUACCAACCCCGUUCCUCGAAUGCCAUCUCUACCAUCGCUUUACUCCACCUAUCCUGCCCUUCCGGAUGCCAACUAUAUUGCUGUCUACGUUCCAGCUGAGCAGGCGAUUGAAGCUGAGGGCGGAAGGCGACCAAUAUUUACUCAGUACGUCUCUCUCGGUUCUCAAAAAUUUCCCACUUUCAAUGCUCCCACCGAUUCGAAAGAAGGUCCGUUGGAGCGCAGUCCAACGAUCAGGCGCCUCUUGUGA